AUGCCUUCAGUACAUGAGCCCCCUGUGGUACCCGUCGUCGCCAAUGGCGUCGUCAAUGGAACCAACGGCGACACUCGGCCGCAUACUCCCACUACCGGCAUGGCUUUGACUGAGUACAGCGCCAACCCUUCGACGCCGUCCGAGGAGAAGCGCGCUCAGAUCAAGGAGAUAGUACCAGAGGAGUAUCUGCUUCCUACAGGCUAUCCCGACUACCUUCGCCUUAUCGCCAGCGCCACGUCCCGAGUCUACGAGGCCUGCAAGGUCACCCCCCUCACCCACGCCGUCAACCUGAGCAACCGACUCGAGUGCAAGGUCCUCCUCAAGCGCGAGGAUGAACAGCCCGUCUUCAGCUUCAAGCUGCGCGGCGCCUACAACAAGAUGGCCCACCUCGACCCGGCCAAGAGCUGGAAGGGCGUCGUCUGCUGCUCUGCCGGUAACCACGCCCAGGGUGUUGCCUAUUCGGCUCGCAAGCUCAAGAUCCCCGCGACCAUUGUCAUGCCCGAGGCGACCCCCAGCAUCAAGCACUUGAACGUCGCCCGGCUUGGUGGUCAUGUCGUGUUGCACGGCGCGGACUUUGAUGCCGCCAAGGAGGAGUGCGCCAGGCGGUCGAAGCUAGAUGGGCUCAUCAACAUCCCGCCGUUUGACGAUCCGUACGUCAUUGCCGGCCAGGGAACCAUCGGGAACGAGCUCUUUGGCCAGGUCAACAUGGCCCAGGUGGAGGCCAUCUUCUGCGGUGUCGGAGGUGGUGGCCUCAUUGCUGGAAUCGGCCUCUAUGUCAAGCGCAUGGCUCCCCAUGUCAAGAUCAUUGGUGUCGAGGCCCACGAUGCCAAUGCCAUGGCAGAGUCCUUGAAAAAGGGAGAGCGAGUCCUGCUCAAGGAAGUCGGUCUGUUCGCCGAUGGUGCUGCUGUCAAGAUCCCCGGAGAGGAGACGUUCCGCAUCGCCAAGGAGGUUGUCGACGAUGUUAUCGAGGUCUCAACCGACGAGAUCUGUGCAGCCAUCAAGGACAUGUACGAUGACACCCGCUCAGGCCUGGAGCCAGCCGGUGCCCUAUCCAUUGCCGGUCUGAAGAAAUAUGUUUCUCAGAACCCCUCAAGGGACUCAAAGCGCACGCUCAUCGCCGUGACGUCGGGCGCUAACAUGAAUUUUGACCGUCUGAGAUUUGUUGCCGAGCGUGCCAGCAUGGGUGAGGGCAAGGAGGCUCUGCUUGCUGUUCAGAUCCCUGAGCGCCCUGGUUCCUUUGCCGAGCUCAUCAACACCAUCAUGCCCCAUGCUGUCACCGAGUUUUCAUACCGAUACGCGAGUGAUGAGGUGGCCAACAUCCUUAUCGGUCUCUCACUUACAGCACCUGCUGCGCAACGAUCCGAGGAGCUUCGCAUGCUUAUCGAGCGCAUCAAGUCGGGCAAUAUGAACGUGUCGGACCUGUCGCAGGAUGAGCUCGCCAAGAGCCAUAUCCGAUAUCUUGUCGGUGGUCGAUCCGGUGUCCCUCACGAGCGGCUAUACAUGUUCAGCUUCCCCGAGCGCCCAGGUGCUCUGGAGAAGUUCUUGGUGACAUUGCGGCCCAAGUUCAACAUCAGCCUGUUCCAGUACCGUAACUACGGCGGAGACUUGGGCAAGAUCGUCACAGGCAUCGUAUGCCCUGACGACGAGGUUCCCGAGCUGGAGACCUUUUUGCGCAAGAUCGGAUAUCCUUACCAAGACUGCACUGACUCGGACGUGUUCAAGACAUUCCUGAGAACCUAA